UUUUAUGUAAGGCCCUUGAGCAUUGUGGAUUUCAAGGGGUCCUGGAACGAGUCUUAAUAGGUUCAGUACCUUUAAUUUCACUUGAGGUAAUAGCUCUGUCCCAUCUUUGGGGAUGCUUGGGGGUCACUCUGUAUAACAGUCCAGGAGUGUAGUAUUUCCUUGUAGAAUGUUCCUUGUGUGGGAUCCCUUCAGAAUUGUUCAUGAUUUGAAUCCAGCUGUGCAUCUUUGGCAGGAUAUCACAGAAGCAAACCUGGGCUCUUCAACAGUGCCUCUGCUCAGGCAGACCUGGACCUGAGCAUACUGUGGCUCAUUAAUUUGGAUGAUAGAAUGAGGUUUCUCCACUGCUGUCACCCAUCUCCCUUUGUAAAUAGUGUUCAUUGGGCACAGGGAUGGUCAUAAGUGUCUGGCCUUAUGGGCCUCUGUCCAUACUGUUGUUUAUUGGCUUCUAGCCCCCUAGAGGCAUUUUUGUUUUCCUCAAAGGAAACAUUUUGAGGCCACCUUAUUCUAGGCUGGGAAACUUAACAGAAAUUACAGGAUCUCAUGUCAUAAUCUUGAGCCUUGGGUCCUUCACAACAGUAUCUUUUGAGAGCCUGGUUUCAGUUUAACUUUGGAGACAUAAGCAGCUCAACUAGAUCCAGACAAAGCACGGAGGUGCUUGUCAUUUUCUGUCAUUUUCAACCUUGUUGUUUAUCCCCACGGGACUUUUACACUUGAAGGUGUCUUUCCUCCUUCCUUCCUUCCAGUGCUGGUGGGUACAGAGAUGAGAGCAGGCACCUGGAAGGACAGGCUUGGUAUAGUGCAGCCUGGGGCUGGCCCGCUUGUACACUAGAGUGGCCCUUUGCUGGAAGGAGCCAGUGACCUUUAAUCACUAACCAGUGAUCUCUUUUGGUGGCCUGCCCUUCUCUGUGAUCAUAGUCUGGAUUUGCUUUUCUUUUGAUCUUCCUUGUCUCUGUCUCCUGUUUCCCCCUGAAGAAAAGGCCCUGGAUUGCCUGGGAUUCUGCCCCCAGCCUUGCUGCCUCGCUCUGAUGUUCAUCCUAAACUUCACCCCUGCCGGGGCACCUGAGCCAGCUUCACUGUGGUCUUCAUCUUGGGGGCAUGUGUCGUUGGUUCAGGAGGCAGGAGACUUGAUGUGACCUCGACUCUUUGCAGUAGCCCUCCUGCAGCUGGUCAUCGGCAGCCCAUCAAGUCUGGCUUUCUGUCUCCAUAACCAGCUCCAGGACAGCGUCUCUGUCUCUGGUUGUUAAAUUCGUGAGCCUUCCAGUACACCCCUACUUCUGCCCCUGCCUCUUUCAAAUAAGCCAGAGUGAAUCCUGUCCCCUUCCUGCUCAGAACCAGCUGUGCUUUCCCUCCCCUUUUAAAAUAAAGCGGAAUUCCUCUCUGCUUGCAAGGCCCUCCCUGGUCCGGCCCCAUUAUCGUCUCCUGCCUUCUCUUUCUGUACUCUGCUCCAGCCACAGUGGCUCCUUUGCUCUUUCUCACACACGCUGGGCAUGCUCUGUACCCUGGGACUUUUGCACUUUUCCCCAUGCCUGGGAUGUUCUUUCCCCAGAGAACAUGGCCAGCUUCUUGCUUCCUUCAGGCUUUUAUUCAAAAGUUCCCCUUUUAGAGGCUUCUGUGGCACUCCAAGUACACACUCGCCCAUCUCAGCUUAUCCUUUCUCCUUUCCAAAUAUUUUCAUCACGCUGUGAAUGCUGCGUGUUUUACUUAGCUUGUUUGUUUCUGUCUUGAUGCACUGGGUGGUAAACUCCUUGAGGUCAGAGGUUGCUCAGCAGUCUCGUCUCUGGUUCUGUCCUGGCUUGUGCAGUUCACUCCAGGCAAUGGAGACGUCUGUGCUCCAGUUUAGUAUUUGUUCUGCUCAUACCUCCUAUCUGCUUGAGCUCCUCACCCACUCAGUCUUUCAGGCCCUCCAGGCAGGCAGCUCUCCACCUCCCUGUGGGCAGCCUGCUGAUCCCAUGUUCUCAGAGUGCUUUGCUCUUCCACAGUCCUGUGCUUGCAGCUCUGCCCAGCUCAGCAUUGCUGCCUCAUGGCAGAAGCCACCUCUCCACUGCAAAGGGGUCCUCGGUCUCAGUUCAGCUUGCCUGACACUUUGCUCUUGCCUCUCCUUGUACAGCACUUUCCUGCGUUUUGUGUAGGUGUCAUGUUUGUGGUUGGACUCUUGCUGCCACGCACCUGUAGGUCUGUCCCUGAUUUAGGAUGUUUGCCCUGCUGCACUUGGCAGUAUCUCAGUGCAGUAAGCAUCUCUGAAAUUGCAUGAUUUGGAGGGGGUACUGGGGAUAGAACUCCGGUUCUUGGUCUUGUGAGGCAGGUGGUGGCACCACUGAGCUAAAUUGCCGGCCCAUUGCAUGAUUAUUUAGUGACUAAGGCAGACUGUCCUGUGAUACGACCUUGUUGGCGUUCUAUUUUCCAAAAACCUAAAGAGUUUCUAUUUUUAUGUGGGGAGAACUGAGUACCUUAUGGGCUUUUGUCAUUUGAAAACCUCCAGAUCGUUUAUUUCCAGUCAGGCUUCCACCCACUGUGUGAGAGAUUAUUAAAUAUUAGUCUUCCUUUUCACGGAGACCACAGUUCAGUAGAAGUUCAGUGUUGUUACCUGUGAGUGAAUUAUUGGAACAGGCUCGGUUGAGGUUGAUUGAAUUAAGUCUUAGAUCUUCUCACUAGUAUUGCUCACUAAUAUUUGUGUUAUAUGUAGCCCCAGAAGGCAUGUAGUCUUUAGCUUAAGGCAGACGAGUUUUAGGAGAUCAUUUUGGUCAUUUUUCAAAAAACAGGGAGAGGCUCACUUAAAUCUUUUAAGUAUGUAUUAAUUUACUAUAACAUGAGAACCACUAUUACCAAUGACUAGCUUUAUCUUCUUUGGCCAGCAGUCUUUACACUGUGUAUGUGCUUCAUGAAAUUAUAUUCUUGGAUACUCCAUUGUGGGACAUAUCAAGCAUAAAUGAGAAGUCUGGGUGAUGGCUGUGAAAUGUGUUGGGGUGGCUGUCAGUGUCCACGACUGCUGUCUGGAACUGAGGGAAGAUCCACUCAUCCCUGCUGAGUCUGUCCCACCAGCCGUGAUCUCCCGCAUGCUUCUAGGGAUAGGCCUGUUUUCCAGGAUCUUUUGUUGGUACAGCAACAAAGUUCCUAUUUGUUAAACUUUUAAAAAUCCUGUACAUGCUUCUUUCCCUCUGUACUUUCUCUGUUUUUCCUCUUUGCAGAAGUACACGUGGAUAGUUACAGAAACCAGAAACUCUUUGUGCUCUGAAGUAACAGUUCCUGCCAAAGGAAUGAUUUGAACAAGGAUCACCUCCCCGCAAAGAUUGGCUCACAGAGCGAGUAAUCGGCUCCGUUGGACUUGGUUCUGUGGUGCAAAUGGAGUCUAGGACUCAGUUGUCUCGGCCCAAAUGAGAGAGGCCUCAUGUCCAAGAUGGAGAAGAAGCGGAGAAAGAAAUGAAAGCCUCUCUUCAGGCUAAGCCACAAAAGGCCAUGGGACUUCACUUUUGUUUAUGUUGGACAAGACUGUAAGAUGGCUGACCAGUAAUGUUGCAGCUCUUAGCCAAAACAAGAAUUCACUCCUAACCAAGGAAGACAAAAGUGCGAUUUGAAUUUAUAUGCUUUUUAUGACCGUAUUCACCUAUGACCAUGAAGCUUGUCAACAUCUGGCUGCUUCUGCUAGUGGUUUUACUCUGUGGGAAGAAACAUCUGGGUGACAGACUGGAAAAGAAAUCUUUUGAAAAGGCCCCAUGCCCUGGCUGUUCCCACCUGACUUUGAAGGUGGAAUUCUCCUCAACGGUUGUUGAAUAUGAAUAUAUUGUGGCUUUCAAUGGAUACUUCACAGCCAAAGCUAGAAACUCAUUUAUUUCAAGUGCUCUGAAGAGCAGUGAAGUAGACAAUUGGAGAAUUCUACCUCGGAACAAUCCAUCCAGUGACUACCCUAGUGACUUUGAGGUGAUUCAGAUAAAAGAGAAACAGAAAGCGGGGCUGCUAACACUUGAAGAUCAUCCGAACAUCAAACGGGUAACGCCCCAGCGGAAAGUCUUUCGCUCCCUGAAAUUCGCUGAGUCUGAUGCUCUCGUACCCUGUAAUGAAACCCGAUGGAGCCAGAAGUGGCAGUCAUCACGUCCCUUGCGAAGAGCCAGUCUGUCCCUGGGCUCUGGCUUCUGGCACGCCACGGGACGGCAUUCGAGUAGACGGCUGCUGAGAGCCAUUCCACGCCAGGUUGCCCAGACACUGCAGGCAGACGUGCUGUGGCAGAUGGGAUACACAGGUGCUAAUGUCAGAGUUGCUGUUUUUGAUACUGGGCUGAGUGAGAAGCAUCCCCACUUCAAGAAUGUGAAGGAGAGAACCAACUGGACCAAUGAACGGACCCUGGAUGAUGGGUUGGGCCAUGGCACGUUCGUGGCAGGUGUGAUUGCCAGUAUGAGGGAAUGUCAAGGGUUUGCUCCAGAUGCAGAACUUCAUAUUUUCAGGGUCUUCACCAACAAUCAGGUAUCUUACACAUCUUGGUUUUUGGAUGCCUUCAACUAUGCCAUCUUAAAAAAGAUUGAUGUGCUAAACCUCAGCAUCGGAGGUCCCGACUUCAUGGAUCAUCCUUUUGUUGACAAGGUGUGGGAAUUAACAGCUAACAACGUAAUCAUGGUCUCUGCUAUUGGCAAUGACGGGCCUCUUUAUGGCACUCUGAAUAACCCUGCUGAUCAGAUGGAUGUGAUUGGAGUGGGUGGCAUUGACUUUGAAGAUAACAUCGCGCGCUUUUCCUCCAGGGGAAUGACCACCUGGGAGCUACCAGGAGGCUACGGUCGUGUGAAACCAGACGUUGUUACCUAUGGUGCCGGAGUGCGAGGUUCCGGUGUGAAAGGGGGCUGCCGAGCCCUCUCGGGGACCAGUGUCGCCUCUCCAGUGGUCGCAGGGGCCGUCACCUUGUUGGUGAGCACAGUCCAGAAGCGUGAGCUGGUGAACCCUGCUAGCAUGAAGCAGGCCCUGAUUGCAUCCGCCCGGAGGCUGCCUGGUGUCAACAUGUUUGAGCAAGGCCAUGGCAAGCUGGAUCUGCUCAGAGCCUACCAGAUCCUCAGCAGCUACAAGCCUCAGGCCAGUCUCAGCCCCAGCUACAUCGAUCUGACUGAAUGUCCCUACAUGUGGCCCUACUGCUCCCAGCCCAUCUACUAUGGAGGAAUGCCAACAAUCGUCAAUGUCACCAUUCUCAAUGGCAUGGGGGUCACAGGAAGAAUUGUGGAUAAGCCUGACUGGCAGCCCUAUCUGCCACAGAAUGGAGACAACAUUGAAGUCGCUUUCUCUUACUCCUCCGUGUUAUGGCCUUGGUCAGGCUACUUGGCCAUCUCCAUUUCUGUGACCAAGAAGGCAGCUUCCUGGGAGGGCAUUGCCCAGGGCCAUGUCAUGAUCACCGUGGCUUCCCCAGCGGAGAUGGAAUCAAAAAAUGGUGCAGAACAGAUGUCAACGGUGAAGCUCCCAGUUAAGGUGAAAAUAAUUCCCACCCCACCUCGGAGCAAGAGGGUCCUCUGGGAUCAGUACCACAACCUCCGCUACCCCCCUGGCUACUUCCCCAGGGACAACUUAAGGAUGAAGAACGACCCUCUGGACUGGAAUGGUGAUCAUAUCCACACGAACUUCAGGGACAUGUACCAGCAUCUGAGAAGCAUGGGCUACUUUGUGGAGGUGCUCGGCUCUCCCUUCACGUGCUUUGAUGCCACGCAGUAUGGAACUUUGCUAAUGGUGGACAGUGAGGAGGAAUACUUCCCUGAGGAGAUCGCCAAGUUAAGGAGGGAUGUGGACAAUGGCCUUUCACUCGUCAUCUUCAGUGACUGGUACAACACUUCUGUUAUGAGAAAAGUGAAGUUUUAUGAUGAAAACACAAGGCAGUGGUGGAUGCCGGAUACUGGCGGAGCCAACAUCCCAGCUCUGAACGAGCUGCUGUCUGUGUGGAACAUGGGGUUCAGCGAUGGCCUAUAUGAAGGGGAGUUUACCUUGGCCAACCAUGACAUGUACUAUGCAUCAGGGUGCAGCAUCGCUAAAUUUCCAGAAGAUGGCAUAGUGAUAACACAGACUUUUAAGGACCAAGGCUUGGAGGUUUUAAAGCAGGAGACAUCGGUUGUUGAAAAUGUCCCCAUUUUAGGACUUUAUCAGAUUCCAGCUGAGGGUGGAGGCCGGAUUGUGCUGUAUGGAGACUCCAAUUGCUUGGAUGACAGUCACCGACAGAAAGACUGCUUUUGGCUUCUGGAUGCGCUCCUUCAGUACACAUCGUACGGGGUCACCCCGCCCAGCCUCAGCCACUCGGGGAACCGGCAGCGCCCUCCCAGCGGAAUGGGCUCAGCUGCCCCUGAGAGGAUGGAAGGAAACCAUCUUCAUCGAUACUCCAAGGUUCUUGAGGCCCAUUUGGGAGACCCAAAGCCUCGGCCUCUGCCAGCCUGUCCACACCUGUCAUGGGCCAAACCACAGCCUUUGAAUGAGACAGCGCCCAGUAAUCUUUGGAAACAUCAGAAGUUGCUCUCCAUCGACUUGGACAAAGUGGCGUUACCCAACUUCCGAUCAAAUCGCCCUCAAGUGAGACCCUUGUCCCCUGGAGAAAGUGGUGCCUGGGACAUUCCUGGAGGGAUCAUGCCUGGCCGCUACAACCAGGAGGUGGGCCAGACCAUCCCUGUCUUCGCCUUCCUGGGAGCCAUGGUGGUCCUGGCCUUCUUUGUGGUACAAAUCAACAAGGCCAAGAGCAGGCCGAAGCGGAGGAAGCCCAGGGUGAAACGCCCGCAGCUCGUGCAGCAGGUUCACCCUCCUAAGACCCCAUCUGUGUGACCCCUGCUCCGGCCGCGUGAGCCAGAGCACCGUCCAGGAUGGCUGUGGUGGACAAGCAGAUCCUUCAUGGUUUCCCGGGAGGACCCAGUCUUCAGCUGCGGCUCCAGCCAUCGGUUUGCACGAGCCUCCCCCUGUGCUGGGCCCAGGCCCGCAGUACAUCUUGAAAUACGUCAUCGCCGGGGACCCAUCUGGGGGACUCCGGCUCAGCCUGGAGCAGCAUCCCACGCAGCUGCUCGGUGCACCAAAGUCUCGGAGAACUGAGAAGGCCUCGGCCCUGCAGGGAGGGUGAACUUUUUACAUAAAUGUAAUGACCUUGACCAAGUUAAGAUGUGCUUGUUAAAGGCCAUUUUCUAUAUUUAUUGUCGGGAAAAGUCACUUUAAAGACUUGUGCUGUUUGAAAGCAAAGCUAUUUUUUUGUCCACGGAAUGCAGUUUUGUACUGUUCCACCAUGCAGUCUCAGAUCCGUCAUCUCCUUUGUGAUGAGAGGCAGACAGAGCUGAAGAAACUUGCACAAAUCUGUGAAACAGACCUUGGCUUUAUUUUUAUAAGUAUCAACUGCCGCCAUGUUUUAUAAUUUGGGGUCUUGGUUUCACCAUUGUUGGUGAAGAAAAUUUUCAAUAAAUACGCAUUACCUGUAUGAAGCUGGGAGGUGUUGCUAAAUGGCUCUCCUGCCUGUCCCAUUUGUCGGAGACAGUGCGAAAUGAGUUCGAGCUGGCCUGCCGAGGUGUUUUGUUCUUGUAAUUGAGAUACAGACCUUUCUGUUUCAUUCAUUCGUUGGUUCAUUCAUUCAUUCAUUUUUGGUACUGGAAAUUGAACUCGGGGCCUUCUGUGCCACCGAACUGUGUCCCCAGUCCAAUUUCCAUCUUACAGGGUACAGUUCAGUGAGUUUUAGUGCAUUCACUGGAUUAUGCAGCCACCAGCACUCGCUGCCGAACUCCACAGUGUUGUCGACUCCCCAGAGCACCCCGUCCCCGUGCUCCCCACCCUCCCAGCUGGCUUCUUUCUCUUCGCAUCGUGUCUUCGGGGCUCGUGGCGUGUGUCAGGACUCGUUCCUCCUCGCAGCUGAACACGGUUCCACUGUACGGAUGGAGCAUGGCCUUUUUCUCCAUCACUGGUGGGUCACCUACUCUGGCUCUUGUGAAGUGAGCUACUGUGAGGCUCGGGUGUGUGUUUUCACCCGGGAGUGAAGUCCGAUUCCAAGUUAACUUUCGGAGGAGCUGCGCAUCUUUGCUCCAAAGGGGCUGCACCCUUUCAUACGCCUGCCGGGACUUGGAUCCUUCAGCGGAGAGGUCCGGUUUCUCCACAUCCUGGCCGACUCUUAUUACUUUCUUUCUCAUUGAAGACACCCCACCAGGGCCAAAGUGGCGUCUCAUUGUGGUGUGAUUCGUACUUCCCUAAAAACUAAGUGUAUGGAGCAUCUUUUUGUGUGUUCCUUGGUCGUUCUUUUGGAGUUGUAACACCCUCAGCCUCGUGCGGUUCCGGGAGCAUACUAGGUCUUCGGCCAUUUGUUGAGGGGUAUCAUCGGCCAUUUGUGUAUCUUCGGAGAAGUGUUACCCUCUUUUAAUUGGGUUGUUUACAUCUUUAUUCUUAAGUUGUAAGACGCUUUAUGUAUUUCAGAUCAAAUCCCUUAGCAAGUAUUCUCUCAUUCUCUGGGUU